AUGAGUUUUUUAUGGGGGUCUACGAGGUCUAAAAAAAGCAAAGAUAAAAAGGCUGCGGGAUCUCUUCCACCAGGUACGACUUUAUUACAGCGUGUUAAGCCAGCACGCAGGGGCGUUCCUGUAGACUACCCAAGAACUCUGGAGAAAGAGCAUGGUGAAAGCUUAUUGUUUAGAACAUCGCUUUUAAAUGAGUUGGUGAGCGCUGGUAAAUCCGGGAUUGGGCCUCCGGACCUAAUUCACUGUACAGAGCUAGAUAAAUUUCAUGGUGAGAAAAUUGGUGAAUUCUUUUACAUUACUGGAAUUGACGCUUCGAAUAUUUCUAUGCCGAUUGCAUUUCUGAAACUGAUAAAAUGGAACGAUGGCAAGAAGCUGAAAUCAGCGUCCUUGAAAAAUGACAACAUUACAACCUACUGCACAUUCGACCUCUUUCAAAAAUUAGACAUCAGGCUAAGAUAUGAAACAGAAGACGUUUAUCAAGUUAACGUUGUCAACUGCUUAGAUGGAAAUAAUGACACUCCAUUGAGUGAUCUCAUUUGGGAAGAAACUUUCGUGAGUUGUUGCAUAAGAAGCAUGAUUAUUAAUUUAGAUGCUGAAAGGAAAAUACCUGGACUGGUGGAACUACCGUUUGUAUUCGAGAACAGAAGUUCAAGUGACUACAAAAGGGUAAUUGAUACAUUGUGCAAAUUUUUACCUAGGUUUUUGGAGUGCGGUUGGGAUUCCACAAAAAGCGUCUACGCAACAGUACUGAAUAACUACCUAACUGAAACGCUAUUAAUAUUUUUAUCUAUUACUCCAGGCUUCAUGAUCGACUAUGCGAUUCAGGCUUUAGAAAAUUUAAUAACGAAUGAUCCAUCAAACUCUAAAUAUUAUGCUAUUGUUAUUAUUUCCAUCAUGGAGCAAAGCAACGACCGUAAUUUAGAAAUGAUUAAAAGGAUACACGCGAUAUUGAACCUACUGGUACCCGAACUGUAUGGACUUCCUGUGGACGAACCUCACAGUGCCGACUUGAUCAAUUGCAUUACUGAUGUGUUAAACAUUCAGGCAAGAUUUCUUCUAAACAGCCUUGAUUAUGAACUAUCGUUAUCUAUUGCCACAAUGGCCACCAAUUUAUCAUCAGAUAGUUUCGAAUCUUGGUUUCUGUUAGCCAAAAGUUAUAUUUUUUUAGAAGAGUACAGUAAGGCACUGCUUUCGAUCAACUCAAUGCCCUGUUUGCCGGAAUACGAUAUCGUUAAGCACUCUCAGAUAAACGCAUUUAAGUUGCAUAUGAAUUAUUACGAAGCUCCGCUAUGUCAUAGCAGAGAGCAUUGUACCAUGACCUCACAUGAGUUAAAUCAUCUGAUGAGCACUAUGCAUUACGAAAAUGAGCUGGAUUUGAGAGCAAUAAUAUUUGGGCGCACUGUAAUGCCCAACGAAUCUAAAUACGGAUGCAUCGAAGGAAUAUGGAAUAAGUCCUGUCUUGAAUUGGGACCUAUUUGUGGACCUCAAAGUGAUAACUUGAUAAACUUUGUUUCUCAGCAAGAAGUAAAAUCUAUAGGAGAUUUGAGUUUAUUGAAACGAAGCAAAGAUACUAGACAAAAGAGUUGGUUCAAUGAGCAGGUGUGUCUUUUACUCAUGGAACUAGUUGGUAGAAUCGGUUGGAAUUUCUUACUUCAGCUAAGAUCUGACGUUUUCGUUAUGGAGAGUAAAUUCAAAAUGAUAGACUCUUCGGAUGAGCUUUCCGCAGAACUUCGUCAAAAAAGGCUAUGUCAGAGAUGGUUUGAUGCACUAUUUUUGGACAUUUAUGAAGAUUUGAGCGUUAGCACCUCAUCUCAAGAAAACAAGGCCACCGCGAAAUACAGCGGCUUAGAAUGGGAACUACUAGGCUUAACCUUGCUUCGAGUCGGUGAUUUAUCCGACGCAGUGGCAUGCCUACGAACUAGUAUCAUGGCGAGAUUUGAUCCUAUCAGUUGUCACCAUCUCUUAAGUCUCUAUUUAUCCCUGGAUCUUAACGAUGAGUUUAUGAAAAGAUUUGAUGUGGAUAUUGUUUUGGACCUACUUGUGAAACUCAUCUCCUUCCGCAUACGAUUCUAUGAUAAGUUCCAAAUAUUUUCCUUUCAAGUGCUAAGAAAGUUAAAGGGGCAACUGGGCCCUGAGAUUAUCAAGAAUAAAAUAAUCAAUUCACCUUAUGGCCAAGCUGGAAUCGCAUUGGUGACAGAUUAUAUGCUUGGAUGCCUUUCAGAGAGUGGGUAUGAAGCCUAUGCAGCCUAUGAACGUCCUCUUCCAGAAAUCCCUCCCACUGCAGGCGAACCUUUAGACUAA